UUUGGCUCACCGCUAGCUUGUAGGUUAGCAGUCGCUGGGCUGAUUGGUAAAUAUCGAUAGAUCUGGAGCGGCUGUUGUUUAGGAUUUCGAACGUGUUUCAAGCACGUGCACCGCAGUAGCACAACCAGCAGACACAAAACAAGUUGUGCAGGGACUGUCUCCGUGGCGAGUCGUGUUGGUGCAGUCUUCCCAGUCGAAUAACACUACUGUCUAUCUGCACGGUUGGUGUGUUAUCAGUGCACCUAUUGUGUCUAUCGGGACGGUUAUUUCACGUGUUAUUUCAUUGAAUCGUCUGCUGUGCUAUCAAACCUUGCAUUCACUCGACCUGAAGUCUUACAACGUCGGAUUAUUAAACUAAGAUGCUGUAGAGAACAAGAUGGAGAGCUGAUACCUGUCCAGGUGGACGAAGCAGACACCGCUAGAAGAACUAGUUUGAGCUGACCACUGGUCAUCUUGACGAUGUUGCCUGCACUCACCGCCCCGUGGGCCACGCUCAUGCGGCUCUGCCGGCAGAUGGCGCUUCUCGUGCUCUGCGUCACCGCAGUCCUUGAGAUGUCGGACGCCGCUGGCAGCCAGGAACCGAAGGGGAACUUCACGGAACCAGAGAACAACACAUGCAGUCGUGAGGCGUCCCCGUGUAAGGAGGGACUACUGGUGCCAAUGUGGCUACCCCAGGGCAACCUGGCCGUGGGGGAUGUGGCGGCCAGGGCGACGGUGUACAUGGUCGUGCUCAUCUACCUGUUCCUGGGGGUCUCCAUCAUCGCGGACAGGUUCAUGGCCGCCAUAGAGGUCAUCACCUCCAAAGAAAAGGAAGUCGUGAUUAAAAAAAACGACGGGACCAAGCAGAUCGUCAACGUUAGAAUAUGGAACGAAACGGUUUCGAACCUAACUCUUAUGGCACUGGGUUCUUCCGCGCCAGAAAUUCUGCUGUCCAUCAUUGAAGUCUGCGGCAACGAGUUCAACGCCGGCGAGCUUGGACCUGGCACUAUCGUUGGCAGCGCGGCCUUCAACCUCUUCAUUAUCAUCGCCAUUUGUGUCUAUGUCAUCCCCAGAGGGGAAGUCCGAAAAAUCAAACACCUGCGCGUUUUCUUUAUCACUGCAACAUGGAGUAUAUUCGCUUACCUGUGGCUGUACUUUAUCCUGGCUAUAUCCUCCCACGGCAUCGUGGAGAUCUGGGAGGCCGUGCUGACGUUUAUCUUCUUCCCCCUCACCGUCCUGACGGCGUACAUCGCGGAUACCAAGAUCUUCGUCAACCGAUUCCUCUCCAAGAAGUACACCGCCACCAAAACCAGCAAGACGGCCAUCACCAACACCGUCAACCCCCAUGACAUGGAGACCGGCGUUGACGGAAAACCGGAAGACUUUACCGGACUACUCACGGGGGGCGAGUCGGUGAGAGAGUUUGAAGCGCACCGGCAUGAUUUUAUCGAGAUCCUGCGCCAGCUGAGGAAGAAGAACCCGCAUCUGGAUAUGAAGACUUUAGAGGAGAUGGCCGAGUAUGAGGCGGUCAAUAAAGGGCCUAAGUCAAGAGCCUUUUAUCGAAUCCAGGCUACUAGGCUACUCACAGGCGGGGGGAACGUCAUAAAAAAAGCCAAAAAAGAAAAAUCAACCGUCGCACCUGCGUCACCUUCCGGUGAAAUUGAGGACAACGUGGCGAAGGUGUUUUUUGACCCGGGUCACUACACAGUCAUGGAGAACGUGGGUCACUUCAAUGUUACGGUGACAAGGGAAGGCGGGGACAUGUCAAGGGCGGUUCACGUGGAUUACCGUACAGAAGAUGGCACGGCUUCCGAUGGGGCUGACUACAUCGGGGUCAGCGGCACGUUGGUCUUCCAGCCCCAGGAGAAACACCGGCAGUUUGAGAUCGUCAUCCUGGACGAUGACGUGUUCGAGGAGGACGAGCACUUCUACGUGCACCUGUCCAACCCCAGGAUCACAGGGCCGCGUGAGGGCGAGUACCUGAGCGGCCCGGACAACAUCGUGCUGGUGACGCCCUUCACCGCCACGGUCAUGAUACUGGACGACGACCACCCGGGCGUCUUCCACUUCGAGGUGCCCGAGAUGACGGUCAGCGAGAGCGUCGGGGAAGUGGAGGUCAAGGUCAUCCGCUCGUCCGGGGCGCGUGGCCGGGUUCGGGUUCCGUAUUUUACAGUGGACGGGACGGCGACAACAGGCAAAGACUACACGGUGGUGGGGCAGGAGCUCGUCUUUGAUAACGACAUCGCUGAGCACACCAUCAGAGUGAAGAUUGUUGAUGAUGAGGAAUACGAAAAGACGGAAUCCUUCACGCUGGUACUGGGCGAUCCGAUACUGGAGAAGAAAGAAACGGGACAACUACCUGCUUGGGGAAAAUUGCGAGAUAUCUUCUAUUUACGUCUUUCAGUGCAGAAUGAUACGAAAGAUGAAAUUCGCCCGAUCGAGCCGCAAUCACUGCUGCACCGAUUCUCAAUUCCCUUCUCUAGGAGUGUAGGUGAGUCGAAACGAGAAGCCAUUGUGCCAGCAGUACCCACACUGAAAACAGAGGAUGGAGAUGACGCUGGGAUACCAAUACUUGGGGAAAUUAAAUCUAUUAAAAUCGCAAUCACAGAGUCUCAGGAAUUUAAAAAAACAGUGGACAAGCUCCUGAAACAAGCCACGCCCUCAUCUAUUAUAGGCACCUCAUCCUGGAAAGAGCAGUUUGUGGCUGCUGUUACAGUGAGUUCAGGUGAUGAUGCAGGUGAUGAUGGCGUGGAGAAGCUCCCAUCAUGCAUGGACUACAUGAUGCACUUUUUGACCCUCUUCUGGAAACUGAUGUUUGCCUUUGUGCCUCCAACAGACUAUUUUGGAGGCUGGGCUUGUUUUAUUGUCUCCAUUAUAGUGAUUGGAGUAAUCACAGCCGUUAUUGGAGACAUAGCUGCUGGCUUUGGCUGUACAGUUGGUCUGAAAGAUUCUGUCACAGCCAUCUCCUUUGUGGCUUUAGGCACCAGUGUGCCAGAUACCUUUGCAAGUAAAGUGGCUGCCGUGAAUGACCGUUAUGCUGAUUCUUCCAUCGGCAACGUCACAGGAAGUAACGCAGUCAAUGUGUUUUUGGGGAUUGGUAUUGCUUGGACAAUAGCAGCAGUCUACCAUGCCAUCCAUGGAAGGAAGUUUGAAGUUCCACCAGGAAACCUUGCCAUGUCUGUUACUGUUUUCUGCAUUCUGGCCCUACUGACUAUUGUAAUUAUGAUGGCGAGGCGCCAUAAGUUUAUAGGUGGGGAGCUGGGUGGACCCAGGUGCAUACAAAUUUUAACAACUGUUACUUUAUCUGCUUUUUGGAUACUAUAUCUUCUUAUUUCAUCUUUAGUAAUAUACUGUUAUAUUCCAGGUUUUUAACUAUGUAUUUAUACAUUGAAAAUACCCAGCCAUUUUCUACAAUGUUUACCGUGUGUGUAUUAACCCCACAAUUAAUGAACAUGAAUAAAGAUGAAAUGAUUGUGA